CCAGAGAGAGUCCGGAGCGCUCGCGCACGGAGGGAGGGAGCGCGGGACGGACGGACGGAGGGAGGGAGGGAGGGAAAGCCCCCGGGAAGAAGAGGCAGAUUCGGGGUGGGCGCUGAGGAUUUGGCGGGGACGCCCAAAGAGUGCUUGGAGGGAGGACGAAGAAAGAGUGGGAAGAGGGAGGCGGAAGACGAGGCAGGAUCGCGGGGAGGAUGGAAGGCUAGACGGGGCUCCCGCCGAGGGGAGGGAAGGAAGGGAGAUGGACGGGGACGCCGUGCCCGCGGAGCAGCGGCCCCUUCUGGGGCCCGCCCUGAGGAGCCGGGGCCAGGUGGUGUGGGGCCGCCGGCGGGCCGCCUGCGCCGCUGUGCUCCUGGCCGAGAUGCUGGAACGAGCAGCCUUCUUCGGCAUCUCUGCCAACCUGGUGCUCUACCUCAACAGUAUCAACUUCAACUGGGACGGCCAGCAGGCGUCCCGGGCGUCCCUGGUCUUCCUGGGGGCUUCGUACCUGCUCUCUCCCAUCGGGGGAUGGCUGGCCGACGUCUACUUGGGCCGUUACGCCACCAUCGUCAUCAGCCUCCUCCUCUAUCUGGUCACCUCCUGCCUGCUGCCCGUCACCGCCUUCCCCGACGGCCGGGAAUCCUUCUGCGGGGAGAUGACCUUCACCAUCCAGCCUGCCUGCCCCGGGAAGGACUGCCAAAGGGGGCCUUCCAGCCCCUACUGCGCCCCGACCAUGUACGGAGGCCUGCUGCUGCUGGCCCUGGGCAUCAGUUCCGUCAAGGCCAACCUCACGUCCUUCGGCGCUGACCAGGUGAUGGACCUUGGCCGAGAUGCCACCCGACGCUUUUUCAACUGGUUUUAUUGGAGCAUCAACGUGGGGGCAGUUCUGUCCCUGUUUCUGGUGGCCUUCAUCCAGCAGAAUAUCAGCUUCCUGAUUGGCUACAUCAUCCCUGUGGCGUGUGUUGGCCUUGCCCUGUUUGUCUUCAUCUGCGCGGGCCCUACUUUCAUCACCAAGCCCCCCACGGGCAGCCAGGUGUCCUCUAUGCUGAAGCUGGCCUUCCAAAGGUGCUGCCCACGGUGGUGCCCCUGCUUUGCCAGAUCCCCACGAGAAGCAGAUGGGCUGACCAGCAGGUGGUCAUCCCGAAGUCCUUCCCGCCGGGAAGAUGAUGCCAACUUCCGGGUGCUGGUGAAGAUCUUGCCAGUGAUGCUGACCCUGGUGCCUUACUGGAUGGUGUACUUCCAGAUGCAGUCCACUUACAUCCUGCAGGGCUUGCACCUCCAAAUCCCGUACAUUUUCCAGGGCCAUCUGGACAAUGGCAGUGACACCAAGCUUUCCCAGGACAGUAGCAGCUACAGGUUUCCGGAAGCCUGGCUCCUUUUGGCCAAUGUGGUCAUGGUGCUGAUUCUGGUCCCUCUGAAGGACCGCGUCAUCGAUCCGUUCCUACAGCGGCGGAAGCUGCUCCCCUCACCUCUCCAGAAGAUGGUCCUGGGCAUGCUCUUUGGUUUUGCCUCCGUCAUUGCGGCAGGUAUCCUAGAGACCAAGAGACUCCAAUAUAUUCACCGCAAUGAGACAGUGGCUCAGCAAAUUGGACAUGACGUGUACUUUGCAGCGCCCAUGUAUAUCUGGUGGCAGAUACCUCAGUAUCUCCUCAUUGGCAUCAGCGAGAUCUUUGCCAGCAUCCCAGGCCUGGAGUUUGCCUACUCGGAAGCGCCCCGAUCGAUGCAGGGAGCCAUCAUGGGCAUCUUCUACUUCCUGUCUGGGGUUGGCUCAUUUCUGGGCUCCAGCCUGGUGGCUCUGCUGUCCCUCCCUCCAGGGGGCUGGCUGCACUGUCCCAGGGAUUACGGAAACAUUAACAACUGCCGGCUGGAUCUCUACUUCUUCCUGCUGGCCGGCCUCCAGGCCGCCGCAGCCCUCCUCUUCCUGCGCAUCGCCCACCACUACGAGCGGGAGCGGUCGGCCCCUUCUCCGGCCUGCCGCAGCUGCACCGGGAGGGCGGGCGGCUGAGGCCCGGGCGGCCGGGAGUCAGCAA